AUGACUUUACGCAGUUAUCAUCAGGCUAUCCUGAUAGGAACAGGACUGACUAAGUUGUGCUUAUAUUUUACUCACAAAGUGACUUACUGCUUCAACUUUGGUCUCUUUGCAAGCAGUUUCCCGCUUGAUUUGAGCAAAGAGCAAAGCAAACAUCUUGAUAUUCACUGUAUUACAACGUGACAAGUAUUUGUAACAUGGCUGGACUGUGGAGAUCUUACCAGGCUCUGAUGGGCAGACAUCCAUGGACAGUGCAGAUUGUAACUGCUGGUUCACUGGUGGGAGUGGGCGAUGUCAUUUCCCAACAGCUGAUUGAACGGCGUGGAUUGGCCAAUCACAGUGUGAAACGUACUGCCAAAAUGAUGAGCAUUGGCUUCUUUUUUGUCGGUCCAGUAGUGGGUAGCUGGUAUAAAGUGCUGGAUAAACUAGUCACAGGUGGCACUAAAAGUGCAGCCCUGAAGAAAAUGCUCUUUGACCAGGUGUGCUUUGCUCCAUGUUUUUUGGGUGCUUUCCUGGGAAUAUCUGGAGCGCUCAAUGGACUGACUGUGGAAGAAAAUGUAACCAAGCUCAAGAGGGACUACACAGAUGCCUUGAUCUCCAAUUAUUAUCUUUGGCCACCAGUGCAGAUCGCCAAUUUUUAUUUCGUCCCUCUUCACCACAGGUUGGCUGUUGUUCAGAUCGUGGCUGUUGUCUGGAAUUCUUACCUCUCCUGGAAAGCCAAUAAGAUGUUAUGAGAUUUACUACCUCACACAUGGGAACAUGCUGCCAUUUUCUAGUUUGUUUUUGAAGUUAUCGUCAUCAUAUAAAUUUGUAGUUGCAGCUUAUAGAUUUAAUUACAGAUACAAAGGUCAAAAAUGACACAAAAUGUAAAUUAGACUUGUAUUUUAUUAACCUGUGAAAUAAUGGAUUCUGUAUAUUAAUCAUGCAUAUUAAUUGUAUACAUUUUAUCUAUAAUUACUUGUGUCUUGAUAAUAAAUUGAUUUACAAGGUGGUUUAGCAAUAUCAA